UAUCACACGCACUUUUUUUCAACUGAUCAGAGGGCGUCAAUCUCAUAAAAUUGAGCAAGGAAAAAAUGUCUCGUUCUUCUCUACUCUUACUUAAAAGAGGAUACUGGGAUUGGGUUUAUUUAAAAUAAUCAGGGGGUGGGGGGGAGGUGCUAUUGAUUUAUUCAGUAAUUUUUCCAAACCUGUUCAUUACCCCCCACCCUCUGCCUUUUUAUAUAUAUUUACACAUGUUUGAAUUUCGUAUUUCCAGGCUUCAAGAUUGCCAAGACAACGCUUGCCGUCUUCAGUCUCGCCUGGGAGAGUGUCACUUGCGAGCAGACACUAGCAAGUCAAAAUCGUUCUCCUUCACCACAGAGUCUGAUGACGUACAAACACCCCUUACAUCGUGUUCGAGUCGACACAGCAUCAUUCCAGAAUCUUCUGUCCAGAGAGAACUCGAUAAUUCUAACAACAUUGGGCAGCUCAGCAGUUCAUGUACAUCGGGGAGACAAGUCGAGGCCGUCCCACGAAGACAACGAAAAACCGUCAUGCCAAAAGAAAAAGUUCGAUUUCAUAUCGGUACAGAAGAUAUGGCCACUCCAGAAGACUCAGUUGAACAGUUUCACACCGGAGGAGUACAUUCAAAGCCCUGUAACGUAUUAAAAAACAGUACCACUUGCGCAGAACACCACGAAAAGAAUACAUCUCAACUCAGAAUACACAGUAAUAACGAGUUGAUAAUCAAUGACAUUCCAACGCUUAAUGCAAUGCCCAAUAGCAGAACCGAUUCUAAUGUAUCAGUCGUCAGUACUUUAAAAAGAAGAUUCUUUUCAAUAUGGCGGACCACGGGCGAGAGGAGACGCCGAAGGUGCCAGCAUCUCCGUGACUUGCGCACUAUCAAGACAUUGAUGUGUAUGUUUGCCAUUUGCUACGUGUGUUGGACGCCUGCCAUGACACUCAAGCUUUUGUCAAAUGUACUCAAUAUUAAGACAUAUUCUUUCGAGACUGUCUCCAUCGCUUACCUAUUCGCUAUCUCAAAUUCUGUUUGGAAUUUCCUCGUGUACCCGUUGAGAAAGGCGGAUCUGAGACGAGCUAUCAUUGCCACGCUGCCUCGGUGUCUAAGGCGAAGGACUAAGGGCAGUGACCGCUCGGACAGAGUCAGCCAAAAUAACGGAGCUCCAUCUGUUGAAGGGAAGAUGUGCUGCAAUAGGACACCGCUCUCAGGAAUAGCAGAAGGGGCACAGGAUUGACUUCAUCAGCUGUCGUUUCGUCAGUGGUUUACAAGAUGAGCCCUGCAUUCCUGAAAUUUUAGACAAAACAAAACAAAAAACAAGUCCAAACUUUGAAUAGACCUCACUGCAAUAACCUUUAUGUCCAACGAUUGUGACCAUUUCUGAUUAUCAUUGUAAUCAAUACUAUACACUCCCCAUUUUUUUAAUCCCUGCAGACACGCUAGAUUUACUUUCAUUUAAAAUACUUUCAAAAAUUACCUUGAAAUUCAAUUUUUUUAUUCUCUCCACUCGCCUACCCCACCCUAUGUUCCCCGUUGCUCCCCGUGUUUUCAUUGUUCAACUGCUUUUUUAAAGAAGACUCUUUAAGAAAAUAUCAUAAACCAUUUUACUAAGAUGUGCAUCGUCAUAAUAAUAUGUAGACAUCUUUGAGAGAUGUUUUGGCUGCGUCCCCGAGACGGACUCGAUACCCGACCGCUUGAGGUCUUGUUCUUUCCGUCACGUACACUCCAGUUAUUGAAAAUGCUUUAAAAAAAACCUACUUUCCAAGUCUAGAGAAACGCUCUUAAUGUAUAAUAUGUCAUUCAUUAGAUACCAGUACAUCUCUGCAGUCUUAAUUUCAACAAAAUGAGUGUCUUUAUUUUUGUUUGUUUUCAUUGUUCUACAAGAUACAAACAGAACUGAAGUCUUGAUCCAAUAGUUAAAGUAAAGAAAAUUAUACCAAGGAAGAAGGCAGAAACUAUAAUAAUAAUAAUAUUACGACCAGUGUGUCAUAUUUGCGUGGCAUCGUGGUGAAAUCAGGUGCUCGUCAAAAUAAUGCAGUCGGAGAAGCCGACAUAUUUCAUUAGGGCAAUUUUUUAAAUCGAUUUUUAAACCUCUGGGAUGAACAUCUUUUACAUCCAUUUAAAAUCAUAAUUAUGUUUAGGUGGAUUCUUUUGAAAAAUGUUGAUCAUAGCCACAAAAAAUGUGUGUUUGCAGUUUUUAAGGACACUCAACCUUGGGAAAUCAUAAGACUUUGCAGCCAUUUUCUCGUUGACUUUUACCUGCAACACCAUCUGACCCCGCCUUCUUUUUUUCGCAAAUAUUUCGACUUCUAAGCGAGAAGAUUUGU